AUGUCGAUGCCACAGCGCCCGCUGCUGCCGCCAAACUCUGGUGAGUCGGUUCCCUGGUCGGCCCUCUUUCCUUCUUCUUUCGAGCAAAGAGGUCCCAGCUUUUUCCUCAGAAUUGCUCUGAAGUGAUAGGAAUUGAUAGAGAUUUUUCUGACGGUUUUAGUGGUGUAGAUUUCUUCGUGUUAGGAGUUGUGGUCAUCGAAAAUAAAAGUUGUGUUCGAUUCUUAGAAACUCAAGGCGAAAAAGUCGAUCGGAGAAACCUCUGCUCUUUCUCUAUCGAAAAAUAUUCAAUUUUUCAUCUGUUACAAGCUUUCCCAUACCAAGUUUAGUUCACAAUCAUCACGCGGUUUUUUCUCACAUUUGAAUUAUUCCGUUAAAGUUCUGAAACCCUCCGAAAUGUGUGUGGAACAUAAUCACACCACUUCUCAAACUGAAGCGUGAUUUUCUCAUGCAUUUUUUGAAAUAGGACGAUUUCAAAUCGAUACGAAAGACUGUCAUUUUUCUCUCCAAAGUGAUUUUUUCAAGUUUUUAGCUCAUAAUCUCCUCAAAGUCCCUUUCACUUUGAUUUUUGAAGUCAUCUGAUGUGUCUGAUUAUUGAACUAAUUUUCUGGCGAAGGAUGGCAAGCCCAAACUCAGCCUUUUUUUGGGUUUUUCUAACCUUGACUUUUUUUAAAGUGAAAAAAAUCCACUUUACAUGACCUUCUCAAGCCGCGUCCUAAGUUUCUUACACUUAAAAAAUUAAAGAACUUUUCAAUUUUUCGCUAAAUUCCUCUUCAGUUUUGAUUUCUUCAAGUCUUCUGAUGACUCUGAUAACAUGAAUGAACUAAUUUUCCAGCGAUGGACGACAAACCGAGACUUGGCGUCCUGCCAUUCCCGUUCUGCGGCGCCGCGGCGACAUCGUCGCCCUCUUCGGUCUUCCCGCCGAUGUUCCCCGGCUUCCAGCAGGUCUACAACAACUUCAUGCAGGCCCAGCUGCUCCAUCUCGCUCAGCAACAACAGCAGCAGCAGAUGAUGCGAUCAGGUGCCUGCAAAAUUGAUUGAAUUUUCAAGGGUUGCCUGAAAACCUGGUUUUUGCUACGGAAGCUGUAAAUGUGACAUGAAUCAAAUCGUUUAUUAUUAGAAAUACGCGUUGCCAAAUACUCUUGAGUGACCACUUAGAGACCUACUAGCUUUAGCAGACGAAAUAAAAAAUUUAGAUGGUCCAUUCAUCUCAAAGGCAAAGUGAAAAAUUUCUUUUCAUAUAUUUUUUUCAUUUCAGUCUUACUAUAACUUUGAGAGUCACACAGAAUCCCUCAAGCUAUCACUUGACACGGAGCUUAAUGGCUUCUAUAGUGUUCACGCUUCAAUUCUCGAAGUACUGCUUCUAUCUGAAAAUCUAAAGUUUCCACAUCCUUUUACCUAAAAGUGAUGCUGUUCUUGGCCUUCACAAAAAAAGAGAACUUCUCAAGAGUUACCAUAACCCGAACGCAUUUCAGAAGUCUCGCCGUCGCUUUCAGACCGGGGAUCGUCGCGCAGCGAGUCGCCCUCCACCAAAAGUUAG